AAAGUUGUUCACCCACAAGCCCAUAAUGGAAUGCUCAUCUAUUACUUUACUCGCUUGCUAUAUAUCCUCUUUUAUCUUUUCUCACUAGCAAUUAAGAACACAGAAGAUAGAGAGAAAACUUAACAAAGGUGAGGGUAAGAGAAGAACAAGAGUAAAAGAAUUGUGAGACAAUAUGGGGAGAGGUAAGAUUGAGAUCAAGAGGAUUGAGAACUCAAGCAACAGGCAAGUCACCUACUCAAAGAGGAAGAAUGGGAUCCUUAAGAAGGCAAAGGAAAUCAGUGUUCUAUGUGAUGCUCAAGUUUCUCUUAUCAUCUUUGGUUCCUCUGGAAAGAUGCAUGAGUACAUCAGUCCCUCCACCACGUUGAUUGAUGUCCUGGAUAGAUACCAGAGAGCCUCAGGGAAGACCCUUUGGGAUGCUAAGCAUGAGAACCUAAGCAAUGAAAUUGAUAGAGUCAAAAAAGAGAAUGAUAGCAUGCAAAUUGAGCUCAGGCACUUGAAGGGUGAUGACAUUACCUCACUGAAUUACAAAGAGCUGAUGGCUCUAGAGGAAGCCCUUGAGAAUGGCCUCAAGGGUAUCCGUGAGAAAAAGAAUGAAGUGCACAGGAUGAUCAAGAGAAACGGCAAGAUUUUGGAGGAGCAAAAUAAGGAGCUUAAUUUCCUUCUGCAACAGCAUUUGGCACUGGAAGGUGUGGGAAACAUGCAUGGACAAUGGAUUUGAGUUUGACCACAUCAUAAGGGAUUUAAUUCGCAUGUUUCAUGUUCAAGAAUGCAGCAUGCGUGCUUACUACUAUCUAAGUAAUUUGCUCCAAGUAUUAAUUAAGUUAUGAACUUUUGGCAUAUCUGGUUUCAUAGUACGUAUUUGUUAGAGCUCAGUGUAAACUCUCGAUUCCAAAUACUAGUUAUGGUGAAAUGAUCAUCGAAUUUGGCUUGCGACACUA